AUGACAUUGGUUAUCAGAGAGAGGAGGCACAAGCAAGCUCUAAGGCUUUCCUUGCCAAAGCCAUCGCCAAUUCCAUCAUCAAAAGAUUUUCCACACCAAAUCCACGUACCAACAGUGUUGCCAUCACCUUCUUCCAAUGUAGACUCUUCACCGGGCAUCAUCAAGGACCUUUUGGACCUUGAGAAGCUAGCAGUUCUUGGACAUGGCAAUGGUGGCACAGUCUACAAAGUUUAUCACAAGAACAACCGUUGCUUUUAUGCAUUGAAAGUUCUACGCUUGAAUGAGAAUGGCAUUGGAAUUCGCCACCCCGCCACACUCGAGGCUGAGAUUCUAAAACGAAUGGAUUCUCCAUAUAUAGUAAGAUGUCAUGCAGUUUUUGACAAUGGGAAUUGCAGUGAAAGUGGCAAAGGUAGUGACAUUAGCUUUGUCAUGGAAUACAUGGAAGGAGGGUCGUUGCAUGAUGUCUUGCGACAACACCAUAGGCUUCCAGAAGAGGUUAUUGCGGGGUUGGCUAAGCGAGUUUUAGAAGGGCUUAACUAUUUACAUGGCAAGCACAUUGUGCAUAGAGAUAUUAAACCCUCAAACUUGCUAGUGAAUAACAAGGGAGAGGUGAAGAUUGCAGAUUUUGGAGUGAGUCACGUGGUGGAAGGAAGGUUUGAGGGAAGUAUCUCAAACGCCGGCACGUGUGCUUACAUGAGUCCGGAAAGGGUUGAUCCAGAAAGAUGGGAUGGUGAAAAUGCGGAUGAGUUUGCAGGAGAUGUGUGGUCCAUGGGGGUCGUGAUGUUGGAAUGUCUCUUUGGUCAUUUUCCAUUGAUUGGUCCAGGGCAGAGACCAGAUUGGGCAACUUUGAUGUGUGCAAUUUGCUUUGGGGAGAAGCUGGAGAUGCCAGAGAAGGCAUCGCCAGAUUUCCAACAUUUUGUGAGGAGGUGUCUUGAGAAGAAUUGGAGGAAGAGAGCAACAGUGUUGGAACUUCUUCACCACCCUUUUGUGGGUAGGAAUAGUUGCUGUUUCAGUAAAGGGCUUGGAGAUUAUGUUCUUCGGGGUUAA